AUUCGAGUAGCCGUUUCACGAUUCUCUCUCUGAUGAAUGUCCUUCGCCUUCACACCUUUGAAUCGAAUUGAUACACUCACACACACACACACACACACACACACACAUAUAUAUAUACAUUAUAGAUAGUCAUUCAUGCACUUGAUUUUGAAUCCAGCGUUGAAUUUCUUCAGCCGGUUCACAGUUCUCGUUCCAUUGGAGUCGGAUCUUGAUGAUCCUGAAAUGGUUCUGCAGAAUCAACCGCAACCUGAAUUCCGAAAUUGAUAAAGAGUAAUUGAUGUCAAGGAUUUGCGCUGUCUAGGUUUGUGAAUCGCGGUGUUCUUCUGGGAGGAUGGCCAACGACUCGGCGUCGGAUCAAGAUCCGGACGAUUCUGAUGCUGAAUUCGUCGAGGUUGACCCCUCUGGUCGAUAUGGUCGGUAUAAAGAGAUUUUAGGAAAAGGGGCGUUCAAAAAGGUAUAUAGAGCAUUUGAUGAGCUGGAAGGGAUUGAAGUGGCUUGGAAUCAAGUUAAGGUUGCAGAUCUGUUACGGAAUUCUGAAGACUUGGAAAGAUUGUAUUCAGAAGUUCAUUUGCUCAAGACUCUUAAACACAAGAAUAUAAUUAAGUUCUACAACUCAUGGGUUGACACCAGAAAUGAGAAUAUCAACUUCAUUACCGAGAUAUUCACUUCUGGGACCUUGCGGCAAUAUCGAAAGAAACAUAAGCAUGUUGAUCUAAGAGCACUGAAGAAAUGGUCUAGGCAGAUCUUAGAGGGCCUUCUUUAUCUUCACAGUCAUGAUCCACCUGUUAUCCAUCGUGAUCUAAAAUGCGACAACAUUUUUGUUAAUGGCAACCAAGGUGAGGUGAAGAUUGGAGAUUUAGGACUUGCAGCUAUCCUUCUUCAAGCUCGUUCUGCUCACAGCGUCAUUGGUACUCCUGAAUUUAUGGCCCCAGAGCUUUACGAGGAGGAAUACAAUGAACUUGUAGACAUUUAUGCCUUUGGUAUGUGCUUGCUCGAGCUGGUGACUUUUGAGUACCCCUAUGUUGAAUGCAGUAAUGCUGCUCAGAUAUACAAGAAAGUGACAUCGGGAAUCAAGCCAGCAUCAUUGGUGAAAGUAAAGGAUGCUGGGGUGAAAGCAUUCAUAGAAAAGUGUAUUGCACAUGUAUCUGAACGAUUGCCUGCAAAAGAACUUCUAAUGGAUCCUUUUCUCCAGUCUGUGGAAGAUAAUGACAUGUCAAGUUGGUCAUUAUCACCCAGCCCCAAUGCUGAAGAUCCCAAGGAUUCUGUGCCUGAGGGAAGUCGAGACUUCAUGGUGCAGGGUCAAAGGAAAGACCUGAACACUAUAGUUCUGAAACUAAGAAUAGCAGACUCCACAGGUCAUAUUCGGAAUAUCCAUUUUCCAUUUGAUAUUGAUGUUGAUACAGCACUAGCUGUUGCUAGUGAAAUGGUUGAGGAGCUGGACCUGACAGAUCAAGAUGUGUCAAACAUUGCUGCGAUGAUUGACUCUGAAAUUCGUUCGUAUAUUCCAGAUUGGGCUAACGAAGACCUUUCUGGACAUAAUCUAAGUGAUGAAGUUGGGAGUUCGGAUGGCUCUCCUUCUGCGACUAACGACGAUGCUUCUCCAUCCACAAAUGAUUGUGCCCGUUCUCCCGGUAGUUUUGUACUAGAAAGAUUGCCAUCAGGUCGGAGGUACUGGUGCGACUCACCCAAAACAGUAGGUGGAAACUCUCCGCUCCCUGGCCCUUCAAACCUGUCUCUGGAAAAUUCGUCGCCUCCUGGAGAUAGCUUUAGUGAAGAAAAUGAGCAAUGCUCUGGUAGCCAUAGAGAUGAGAAUUCAACCGACGCCACUUCACUCGAACUGCGGCAUGAUGAACACACCAUUGAUGAUAGCCUGGAAGAGAAACAAGCUGCUGUGCCCUCUGAUUCACAAACUAAUGAAGGUACGGCAGCUAAACAUCUUGAUCCCCGAAAUGCACCUCUUCAUUUGGGUGAGAAGGGCGAAAUCUUAAGAGGUCUCGACUCAGCUGACCUCAGAAUUGUCGAAGAGAAACUCGAGCAUUUGUUGGUUGGCCAGCAGAAGGAGUUGAACGAAAUCAAAAGGAAGCAUGAAGUGGCUGUUUCUGAUCUCUUGAAGGAACUUCCUCCAGAAACUCGUCACAAAGUUUGGAGAAUCUGUAACCUGAAGGUUUCGGACUACAAAUUUCGAUGCAAGAUCUCUGCCGAUCAAGGAUGCUUCCCUGAAAUGUAAGUCUUACUAUGUUUCACAGCUUACAUCUCCAACUUGGCUGCAGAUUGUGACAAUCAUCUUGCUCACCCUAAAAGACUCUUCUAAGUGCUGUAAAGGGAAGCCCCAUUUUGGAAGACAACAUGGUGCAAGUUAUAGCCCCUUGGGGAUCUUUUAUUCUCUGAGAAGUCACUCUUGAGGGACCCAACUGGAUCUUUCUUUCCUAAAAUUCAAAUAUUCUGGAUAUAACAUAUGGUUUUAGCCUACACAUUAUCCACACCAACAUUUGAUGUCUUUUUUCCUUCUCUCUCUCUCUCUCUCUCUCUCUCUCCACUUGAUACAAUCAAUCAAAUUUCAUUAAUUGUAUACUUGUACAUAUAUGUUUCCUAGUCCAUGUCAUGUAUUAGCAACUAGGGAGGCUGUGGCAUUGAUAUUGUACCUGCAGAGAUGAACAUUAAUUAUGUCUUUCAAUUUUGUGGAUUUUCAUGUUUGUGACCUGGAAAUCCAUAUAUAUACUCAACAGAAUAAUCCUAGCUCUAUGUUUUUUU